UGGGCGGGGCGGGCGGUGGGCAGCCCCCCGCCACGCUGCAGUUGCCUGGACAUUCCUGGCUCUUCGGCCGGGGCGGAGGAGCUCCCGGCGGCUGAGCGUGCCAGCCCCGCCGGGAUCGUGACCCGUGGGCGUGGGAACCAGGCGGCGGAGGAGCCAGGAAGGCGGCCAGUGGGGAGUCUGGCCUGGGUUCUGAGACAGCUGGAAGGAAAUGUGGCUGCUAUGGGCCCUAUUGAGCAUCCUUCUGGGGACACCAGCUGUAUUUCUUGAGGCCACUGAGGAAAUGGAGCUGGAGCCCUGCCUAGCUCCAGCCCUGGAGCAGCAAGAUCUGGUGUUGACUGUGGCCCUGGGGCAGCCUGUGCGUCAGUGCUGUGCGCGUACUGAGCGUGGUGGUCAUUGGUACAAGGAGGGCAGGCGCUUAGCAUCUGCUGGACGAGCACGGGGCUGGAGGGGCCGCCUGGAGAUCGCCAGUGUCCUCCCUGAGGAUGCUGGCCAAUACCUCUGCCUGGCACGUGGUUCCAUGACUAUCUUACACAAUCUUACCUUGAUUGUGAAUGACUCCUUAACCUCCAUCAAUAGUGAGGAGGACCCCAAGACCAUCAAUGGAUCCUCAAGUGGGCGUGUUUACCCCCAGCAAGCUCCCUACUGGACACACCCUCAGCGCAUGGAGAAGAAACUUCAUGCCGUGCCUGCUGGUAACACUGUCAAAUUCCGCUGCCCAGCUGCAGGCAACCCCAUGCCCACUAUCCAUUGGCUCAAGGAUGGGCAGGCCUUCCACGGGGAAAAUCGCAUUGGAGGUAUUCGGCUGCGCCACCAACACUGGAGCCUGGUGAUGGAAAGUGUGGUCCCCUCAGACCGUGGCACAUACACGUGCCUCGUGGAGAAUUCUCUGGGCAGCAUCCGCUACAGCUAUCUGUUGGAUGUGCUGGAGCGGUCCCCGCACCGGCCCAUCCUGCAGGCGGGACUCCCAGCCAACACCACAGCUGUGGUUGGCAGCGAUGUGGAGCUGCUGUGCAAGGUGUACAGCGAUGCCCAGCCCCACAUCCAGUGGUUGAAGCACAUCGUGAUCAAUGGCAGCAGUUUCGGCGCUGACGGCUUCCCCUACGUACAAGUCCUAAAGACAACAGACAUCAAUAGCUCAGAGGUAGAAGUCCUGUACCUGAGGAAUGUGUCAGCUGAGGAUGCGGGAGAGUAUACCUGCCUGGCGGGCAACUCCAUCGGCCUUUCCUACCAGUCAGCAUGGCUCACGGUGCUACCAGAGGAAGACGUGACGUGGGCCACGGCGGCGUCUGAGACCAGAUACACAGACAUCAUCCUGUAUGUGUCAGGUUCCCUGGCUUUGGCAGUGCUCUUGCUGCUGGCCGGGGUCUAUCACAGACAAGCAGUCCAUGGCCACCACUCCCGCCAGCCUGUCACUGUACAAAAGUUGUCCCGCUUCCCUCUGGCCCGGCAGUUCUCCUUGGAGUCCGGGUCCUCUGGCAAAUCAAGCUUGUCCCUGGUACGAGGUGUCCGGCUGUCCUCCAGUGGCCCACCCUUGCUCACAGGCCUUGUGAGUCUAGACCUACCUCUGGACCCACUUUGGGAGUUCCCCCGGGACAGGCUGGUGCUUGGAAAGCCCCUGGGCGAAGGCUGCUUUGGGCAAGUGGUUCGUGCAGAAGCCUUCGGCAUGGACCCCUCCCGGCCAGACCAAACCAGCACUGUGGCUGUGAAGAUGCUGAAAGACAAUGCCUCCGACAAAGAUUUGGCAGACCUGGUAUCUGAGAUGGAGGUGAUGAAGCUAAUCGGACGACACAAGAACAUCAUCAACCUGCUGGGCGUCUGCACUCAGGAAGGGCCCCUGUAUGUGAUUGUGGAAUGUGCCGCCAAGGGAAACCUUCGGGAAUUCCUCCGUGCCCGGCGCCCCCCAGGCCCUGACCUCAGCCCUGAUGGGCCUCGGAGCAGUGACGGGCCACUCUCCUUCCCGGCUCUGGUCUCCUGUGCCUACCAGGUGGCCCGAGGCAUGCAGUAUCUGGAGUCUCGGAAGUGCAUCCACCGAGACCUGGCUGCCCGAAAUGUGCUGGUGACUGAGGACGAUGUGAUGAAGAUCGCUGACUUCGGGCUGGCCCGUGGUGUUCACCAUAUUGACUACUAUAAGAAAACCAGCAAUGGCCGCCUGCCAGUCAAGUGGAUGGCUCCCGAGGCCUUGUUUGACCGGGUAUACACACACCAGAGUGAUGUGUGGUCGUUUGGGAUCCUGCUGUGGGAAAUCUUCACCCUCGGGGGCUCCCCAUACCCUGGUAUCCCAGUGGAAGAGCUGUUCUCUCUGCUUCGAGAGGGGCACAGGAUGGACCGGCCCCCGAACUGCCCCCUAGAGUUGUACGGGCUAAUGAGGGAGUGUUGGCAUGCGGUGCCCUCUCAGAGGCCGACGUUCAAGCAGCUGGUGGAAGCGCUGGACAAGGUCCUGUUGGCCGUCUCUGAAGAGUACCUUGACCUCCGCCUGACCUUUGGACCCUACUCUCCCUCCAACGGGGAUGCCAGCAGCACCUGCUCUUCCGGUGACUCUGUUUUCAGCCAUGAGCCAAGCCCCUUCCCUUCCCCUGGCGUGCAGACGUGAGC